UUCAAGGAAAAUCAUGGGAAUCCUACAGGAUGAUGAGCUGGUUACAGACAUCACAAGUGGAAGCAAAGACCAGGACGAUAUUGUGGCACAGCAUCCGUCUGAAGAAUACAAAAGCUCUGUUGACCAUCAUCUGAAAACCUACAAUAAUCUCAAUAAUCUUCAUUGUGACAGUGAAGUCAUUCACUGUCAUGGUUUUAACACUGACGACCAUACUAAUGACUUCCAGGACACUAUACAAGAGAGUCAGAAGAUAAAAAGCAGCAUACCAGUCUACAAAACACAGCCUGAACAAGAGAUAGUGAAUGAUUUUGUUGAUGAGGAUGACUUCCUGAAGGCAGCGCUGGAUAACAAAUUGCCAAUGAUCAAAAGUUACCUAGCCAGAGGUGCAGAUCCAAACGCCUGUGAUAAUUUCAACCGAACAGCUUUACACAGAGCUUGCUCACAAGGAAACGUUGAGAUUGUGAAAAUGCUGCUGGAGGCUGGUGCUUCAAUUGAAAAUAAAGACAAGCUUCAAGCAACUGAAGUUCACUGGGCUUGUCGUGGUGGUAGUUUGCCUGUGCUGGAAGCACUGCUUAAUCAGGGGGCAAAACUGGAUUCUAGAGACAAGCUUCGCAGCACCCCCCUUCAUGUAGCGGUCAGGACAGGACACUACGAGUGUGCUGAACAUCUCAUACACUGUGGCGCAGAUGUCAAUGCAAAAGAUAUAGAGGGUGACACACCAUUGCAUGAUGCGGUCAGACUGAAUCGCUUCAAACUCAUCCAGCUUCUUUUGUUGCACGGAGGUGACUUGAAACUCAAAAAUUGUGAGGGAAAGUCACCAAUGGACAGUGUUUGCGAGUGGCAGAAUGGCGCUAAAUCCAUCUUUGACAACUUUAAGGAUGGUAAAAAGUAGAAGCAAUACUUGAGCAACAUUUAUCCUCUUUGGGCAUAAUACACUCAAAAA